CGAGGGAAUUGCUUCGCUGACAUUGUUUCGGCAAUUUGCUUGUCUUCUCCAUUGCAGAACAUGGUAUUGACAGCUCCGUAUUCUCCUUCUCCUCGUUCCGGUGAUGCUGCAACCGGAUCCAUGCCAAAUGGCGGUAGCAUUAUAGCCAGCAGGCCUUCAAACUUCGCCACCGGUUCAAACGUUGUGGAAAAUACAUACAUUGCCCGUCUCAUCAUAAAAAUGAACGAAUGCCUAUUGAAGCUCGGACAGGACAUCGAGGAUGAUUCAGUUAUCGAGCAAGUAGAGAGAAUGAGCACUUUGAUAUACGAAAGCAUGUCCACUAGCGGUCGCAAUUAUCAUUCCGUCCAGCACGUCUUUGACGUUUCCAGAAAUUUGGAAGAUCCUAUUGCAACUUUAGCUGCUCUCUUUCACGAUUGCAUUUACCAUCAGGUAGAUGGUGGUCUUUCGAAAUUGCAAGUCCAGAAGCUUGAAGGAGUAGUCCAUUGGCACGAAUCUGUGCAUGCAGUCAGAACAGACAAGACUCCAGGUUCAAUUUACUAUACCUCAGAGAGCGUGAAGCAGUCCAUAUUUCACCCACACACAUCAGAUCCCUUGCUUGGCAUGGUGGAAGUGAUUUUUGGUUACCAUGAAAUUCAAGAAAUGAACAAUCUGAAUGGUGUGAACGAAUUUCUCUCGACCGUCCUGGCACUUCGCGAACUUACCAAUCUUCUAAACACUGUCCAACUUGCCCAAAUUGCUGUUUGUAUUGAAGCCACGAUACCCUUUCGACCAUUGCACAGCGAAACGGGGCAAUCCCCGAUGGAACUACUCUACGAGAGACUUACUCAGGUGAACGACACGUAUCAACUUGGUCUUAGUAAAGUCGAACUGGUAGAGUCUAUCCAACGAGCCGUUCGGGUAGCAAACCGAGACUGUGAGAACUUCGGCAGCCCUGAUUGCCAAUGGUUUCUCGACAACACCUGGAGUAUCUUGCCUGAAUGCAACAAAUCCCUGCGUAGUCACUCCCUAUAUACGGUGGGCGAGUUUCAAUGUGCACUCUACAGUAUGUACGGAUUUUUUUCGUUCUUGCAGCCCUCACUUAUAUUUCAACAAUUCCGUGGCGUACCGUCACCGGAGGAGUACCAGCUUUUAGUCGAUCAAGCUACGCGUAAUCUGCAAGUCGGGCGCCAGUAUGUGGGUGCCAAGCUUGUCUCGCUUUCAGUCGUGGCGGCUUUUGCCGAGUUGACGGGUGGUGAUGCGCCCAUUAGCCUCUUCAUUGGGGAUUUGCCAUCGCGUCACUCAGAUCCAGUCGACGGCUCAUGGAUCGAAAUUGUAUCAUCAGAAUUCAUUGACGACGAGCGGAAAGCGUCCGACUGCGACCCCGACGUCUACACACUACUCGCUCAGGGUCGACGGACGGAGGCUUCCUUCGACGUUCGCCAGUCGCCAUUGGCGGCGGGCUUUUAUGGUAGACUGGGCGACCGAGGGCUGGUCGAAAUUCUUCAGGCCUUCGAUUUAUUUCCCAUGACAGUCGAUACGGCGCGUGCGUUGCUCUCACGGCUUCCUCGUGGGCUAAUUAUGAAAUUGGCCAACAAAAUGGCCAAAGUAGCUGUGCCGCGGGCGACACGCAUUCAACAAGUCAUCGAUGAACUGUCCACGGAAAGCAGUUGAGAUCUUGGCGGCGCGUUUUGUAUGCAAUAAUACUGUACUAACAUAUUUCACUUUGGGAAUAGUCCUUCCAUCUUGCUAGCUGGAGGACAGGAACUACAAAAAGUGUUCAUUGACUACCCUCUGGUUGAGACUCUGAGGUGCCUAUUUUACGCCGAUCCCACUCUAGUUAUAUUAGCUAACAGUAAAGAUGCUGGGAACUGUUUUCUACCGAAUCCAGUAUGCUCAGUUCUAAGGCAAGCGACUGUGCCGCAGAUCCAUCAUUAGUACCUCUAG